AAAGUGAUAAUGGGUUAUACGUAUUAGAUGUUAUUACAAAGAAGAAAAUUGAAACUAUACAUAAAACAAUUAAUAACUUCAAACGGUAAAUAUUCAAUCGCCAUUUUUCCAACUAACAUUUUAUUUUAAAAUACGGUUGUAUUAAUGAAUAUGUCUCCACUGAAAAGAGAAUACUUGCCUCCACCGUUGUCACCGAGUCCCGUAUUGGAUAUAAGCGAUGAUGAACUGGUUACAAUAUCCGUACGUGAUCUAAAUCGUCAGCUGAAAAUGAGAGGUUUGACUAGGGAUCAAAUAGUGCGUAUGAAACAGCGUAGAAGGACUUUGAAAAAUCGAGGUUAUGCAGCGAGCUGUCGUAUCAAGAGAAUUGAGCAAAAAGACGAAUUAGAAACAGAGAAAUCUCAAGAAUAUCAGGAAUUAGACGAUUUACAACAUUCAAAUAAUAUGAUACGAUCUGAAGUUGAAAAUACUAUCAGGCAAUUUGAGAUGUUGAAACGAUUUGCUGCUGCUAAUAAAGUAAUGUUACCUUUGGAACUUCAAACUUUAUAAUUAGAUGUUUAAUUAUUUGUAUAUUAAAAUGGAUCUAAUGGUAUUAUUUACAUUUAAAUUAUUAUACUUAAGUAUUUAU